GUAGGAAAAAAAAAAAAACGUCUCUCCUAUGAGUGUCAAAGGAAUAAUAUCGAAUUAAAUUAUACCUGACGGACCAAAUUUACAUUUUGCAAAAACAGAACAUUUGCUGAAGUGGAUCCGUGGACUCGAACUUGGCCAUCUCUCGACCUUGGAGGGAGCGAUGGAAGCAUUGGCAAAGCUAGAGGGACGCCAAACUCAACUCCUCCAACGCAUAUCUCACCUGGAAUGCUCUCAACAUUUCUCUCAAAACCUCUCUAUAUCAACAACUACUUCCAACAGUACCACCGAAGAUCGCCUUUCAGGCAUUCUUCGAGCGAACGGCGUUAAUGAUUUCAGCUUCAAGCGAGUUCCGUCUGAUUACUAUGAUUGGCCACUUGAAGCUCGUCGUGACAUUGUCAAUGCCGCAUCCAUUCAUCAUCUAUGCAAAAGCAUCGUUCUGGUGAAUACUCAAGCCCCAUCGAGUAUUAUCGAUUGUAGUGACCGUAACAAUUCAAAAUACUACGUCGUAGUUGUACAGUAUGCUGCUCGAUUUAAUGCUGAGGCCGUAAAGAAUUUUUUGUACACUCUCAGUGAUGGCAAGAUAGCCAAAAAGAAAUUUAACAUGAGGCUGGCUCCUGAGGAGAUAUCAACAAAGCUGACUGGUUAUGAACACAAUGCAGUCACAUGUAUUGGCAUGAGGACCGACAUACCGGUGAUUUUAGAUGAAGCAAUCACCAAGCUUAAUCCUGACUUCUUCUGGUUUGGAGGUGGCGAGAUUGACCUUAAACUGGGGAUCAGGACAUCAGAAUUCAUUGAUUUUGUGAAACCAUUCAUUACCAAUUGUAGUUAAAAAUCGCCAGCUUUACAAAUUCAGACUCAACUUAGUAAAAGGAUAGAGUGCUGCCAGGCAUUUUUGCGCCUUAAAACCUGCAAAAUUCUUACAUGGCAUCUCUAUUUGGUUUUUGCUCUAAAAUUAGAUUCCUGGUUUGUGACAUGAUUGUAAUCCAUCAAUAGCUAGGUUCCAUCCCACUUGAAUUGUGACCUCUGGUU